AUGACAUCACCAACCUCUCCCCCAAAGCUAGACAAGUACUCCAAAGAAAACCCCUGGUACUACAAAGACCUAACAAGCCACCUCGCUCACGACUCCCGCAAGCUACUCGAAGAAUACAGCCACAUUCCACCUGAAGAUAUCGAUGCUCACGUCUACAAGAUGCGCAACGUCCUCUGGACCCACGCUCCCUACCCCUGCAUUGGCGAGUUUAAAUUCCUCACUCUAAACCUGCCAAAACACCCAAAAUACACCCAUCUGCUAUCCCUCUUGCAACCGUCUCCUGCGGCCCUGGGACCUUACCUCCUCGACCUAGGCUGCUGCGUAGCACAAGAACUCCGGUCCCUCGCCCAUGCCGGAAUCCCCUCCACCAACCUCUUUGGCAGCGACCUGAAUCCCUCCUACCUCACUACUUCCUAUCAACUCUUCAAUGACGCAUCUACCUUCCACGGUACUUUGGUACCUGCAAACAUCUUCUCUCCGACUCUCUUUGACUCUGCAUUCAAAGGCUGGGAGAAGAAAUUCAAGGUCGUACAUGCGGGAUUGUUUUUGCAUUUGUUUAACAGGGAGCAACAGGUCGACGUUUGUGAGAGAAUUGUGAAGUUGUUGAGGGAGGAGGUGGGAAGUUUGUUUCUUGGGGAGAUGGUCGGUUGUGCAGGAGGAGGGGAACGUGGACCGAAGGCCAGCAAGUUUUGGGGGAAAGGGGAGGAGAGGAGGCAAUUCUUGCAUGAUGAAGACAGUUUUGCGAAGUUGUGGGAACACGUGGCGGAGGUUACGGGCACGAAGGGAAAGUGGAAGGUAGAGAGUAGAUUUAAGGAGAGGGCGAAUGGAGAAGGUGAUGGAAAUGGAGGGAGUAAGGGCUGUGCUUUCUUCACUGGGGAGGGAAUUGGCUGGAUUACGUUCAGUGCUGAAAGAGUUGAAUGA